GAGAGAGAGAGAGAGAGAGAGAGAGACGGGUGUGUCGCUUGGGAGCGGCCAAGUCAGCUACGCGUUGUGGACAUGAUUAUUUCAAAGGAUCUGUUCCUCCUCGGCGACCAAGACUACCUGCGCCUUCCCAGUAACGAGAAGCGCCAGCAGCGGGCAAUGGGACGGCCGAUCAUCAAUGCUCCCAGAGUGGAAAGUUCAGCGCUACAGUUAGUAUGUCCGCUGGAUUCUCGUCCGGUGCAAUUAGUCUUCCGAAAUCUCCAAGUCGUAAAGGACAAAAGAUCACUUUUACGGGAUGUCUCCGGUGUCGUCAAACCAGGCGAACUCUUGGCUGUCAUGGGACCCUCAGGUUGCGGUAAAUCUACGCUGUUGAAUUGCCUGUCUGGCCGAAUUGGCUUGGACAGUGGUGAGAUUUGGUUAAACCGGGAAAGGCUUACUAAGAGAUGGCGACGAAGGAUUUGUUACGUUCAGCAGCAGGAUGUUUUUUUUCCCGAUCUCACACUUCGACAGACAUUAGAGUACCAAGCACGCCUCAGGCUUCCGGACACACUUUCCCAUUCGCAGAAGAUGCAGUGCGUGGAUCAUAUCAUCGAGGUUCUCGAUCUCGGGGCUUGCCAGGACACCAUUGUUGGAGACUACACAAAGCGAGGAUUAUCUGGUGGAGAAAAGAAAAGGACGAGUAUAGCCUGCGAAUUGCUUACGAAUCCUUCAUUAAUGUUACUAGAUGAGCCAACCAGCGGCCUGGACUCACACUCGGCCCAGGCUCUCAUAUCCCGUCUGAAGAAGUACGCGGAGCAAGAGGGCAAAAGCAUCGUGGUGACGGUGCACCAACCGAGCUCACGCAUGUUCCACAGCUUCAACAAGCUGUUGCUGCUCAGCAGGGGCCAGGUCGCUUAUUACGGCUCGACCGCCAACAUCGGCAGGUUUUUCUCCACCAUUGGUCUCACCCUCCUGCCGCACUAUAAUCCGGCCGACCUCAUACUGGAGCAAAUCAAGGGCCCCGAGGAGGUGAGGGAGCGGAUUGUUGCCGCAGCCCGGGCCGCAAGACAGGGACCUGACUGCCCGCCAGAACUUCGCCCGGAGUUCAAUCCCAGCCAACACCCGCUUUGCGACCAUCUCAUCCAUUAUCAUGAACAUCACAUUACUCACAACGCGAAGGAAGACGAGGGACGUACGUUGUGGCUGGACACGCAGAGCCAUGCCAGCAGCAACGCCAGCUCCGCCGACGACGACUACAGCUGGCAGUGGCCCACGAGCUUCUGGUCCCAGUUCAAAGUAUUAUCGGAGAGAAAUUUCCAAGAGGCGAGGCCUCGAAUGCUCUCGCGCCUCAAUUGGUUGCAGACCAUAGCGCUUGGUCUGUUAGCCGGAUUAUUGUGGUUCAGAUUGCCCAGAACAGAAGCAGCACUCCACGACAUUCAGGGCUGGAUGUUCUUCAGCACGACGUAUUGGAUGCUCUUCGCACACUUUGGCGCCCUCUCAAGCUUUCCGCCGGAACGGGAGGUCAUCAAUAAGGAACGAUUGUCGGGUUCGUAUCGUCUUUCAGCCUACUACCUCGCAAAGAUGGUUGGCGAGCUGCCGUUGACGAUUACCCUUCCUGCGGUCUACCACAUAAUUAGUUAUCCUAUGCUUGGCUUUCACAGCCUAGCCGUUUUCGUCACGUUAUUGGCGUUCUUACUUCUCAAUACAAUAGUAGCGCAGAGCGUCGGCUUCUUCGUCGGUGCCUGCUGCCUUGACUUGCAGGUGAGCAUCACGGCCUCGGCACUCUACACCCUGGCGACGCAACUGCUGGGCGGUUACCUGGCGACGGCAGUACCACCCUGGUUGGCCUGGGCGCGCUACGCGAGCAUGGUGCACUACGCUUAUCAAAACAUGCAAAUCCUCGAGUUCGGAGUCGGUGAGCCCAUAACGUGUUCUCAGCCCAGUAAGUUUGCCGAAUGUAAGAAUGCAACUACGAUACCGGUAACAGCGAUCCUUGAGAGUCAGGGUGGUGCCAAGAGCUACGGGCUGCCCUUGUGGGCUAACACGGCUGUGCUACUCGCCUUUCUCGUCGUUUUUAGGACGAUGGGUUACCUAGUGCUGCGCUAUUAUCGCGUACCCAAGUGAAUUGCUGCCGGCGUCAGAGCAACAAGAUUAAAUUGGUGAACGAAUGAGCGAGCGAUAAUGAGAGGACGGAAGAAUCAACACAGCCACAAUGUAUGCAAAUUUAUACACAAAAUACAAUUGACAUAUAUACAGGCAUAAUGACUCACACACCAACACAAAUUUAAAACGCAAACUU